GCAACACAAUGAGACCAUAAUACACUUCCAACCAACGGACUGCUGUUGGAGUAACAAUAGAGCAUGUUUUGGGUUGACGUUUAAAUAUUAACAAGAAGAUUUCUUUGCUUUUCGUCGGGAGGUAAAAAUAACGAUGGUCAAAUAUUCGUCAACAUCAACCGAAAACAUGUCAUGAAUCCUGUGAAUAGGAGAAUAGCCACAACAUACAGGUAGAAUGUGUUAUCGUAGGUAGAAAGCAGAUCGAAGCCGAAAUACACAAGUCAAUGAAUGAAACAGCGACGUAUUAAACGAGUGUGUAUCAUCGUCUACUUUCAUUUUUUGCAGAUGCACAUGAAAACUGAAUCUUCAGGUUAUCACUGGUACGCCUCAUCAUGCCCGUUGUCACAGGAUAACGUCAGCUAGACCUCCAUCGGUUCCACAUCUUAUGCGACUGGCAAUAUAUAUGUGACUGACAGGGAUUAUGAAAAGAUACAUCGCAAUGGAUGCCUAUAGCAGAUCGUUUCAUCUCGCAUUGUUCUUGUUAUCAUGGUGGGGUGUAUCACUCGUGACGUGCCAAUUUGUUGUCCAGCCAACAGACGUAGCGGUUGUUUUUCCUCGAGCGGUAACACUUGACUGUGUCUUCGAUGAGGACAUAGUAUCCAGGACGGUUUUCUGGCACCGCUACACCGGCGAUCCACCGGUCAAGGAAGAACUCUACAACACGCGAGACAACCGCUUUUUCAUUGCCGGUAACCGCAACGACGGUCAUUAUAACCUCUUCAUUAACGCGACGCGGUUAAGCGACAGCGGGCUCUACGGCUGCAUUUACGGAACCGCGUCAACGCGUAACGCGACGCUGACUGUGCUUCCAACAUCGUGGAUACCCGUGUGCGAGAAGACACCGAACAAUGAGCGGACGCUCGCAGGUGAUCGUGUCGAACUUGGGUGCUUGUCUACGGGGUCGUCGUCGACUUCGCUUCAGUGGUUACGUAAUGGUGCCCCAAUUGGCCCUAGUAGUAUAACACGCGAUGACACCAUGGUGAGUGUGUCUCACUUUGAAAUAGUACCCAGUGACUCCUCUAUCACCUUCACUUGUAAUGCCUCCCUACCAGGGGUCGACCAGCGCUACCAGUGCACUCUCGGUCCGUACCCCGAGAGCGAUUCGAACUCGGGAACAACGGCCCUGAUUCCGUUCAUCAUCGUCGGGAUUCUUAGUGUCGUGGUUAUCCUCCUCUUUGUCAUCGUUCUCUUCAUUCUCUUUCGACAUCGACGGUGUCGUUUUUGUCAGGAACAGCCAGUGGAACCCCAGAUGGUUCUUGAUGCCGAGGCCAUCGCAGCUGGUCGUGGCUUUACAACCAUAAUCCGAGAUGAUGACGAUGAUGAUGACGAUGCCGAUGAGGCUGUCGGAGGGGAUAGUGUUGACAAUCCCACCCUGAGUGACAGCCAACCAGAUCUCUUAUCGUCCAUUAUCAGUCCUUCAACCAUAGCUCAGAAAUCUCCCAACAGCACCUUACGUCAAAACAUGAACCUCAACAGGGAAUCGGUGGCGCCGAAGAAGCCAUCCGAUGUCGAAAAGCUUCGACCUUCUGAACUAAGAAGAAUGAAGAAAAAACGCACGCCCUCUAGCAGAUCGGGGCAAUCUCAACGAGAACCAUCACCUUCAGUCUCGUCACCAGCCUCUUCAAGCAAGGACGCACCAAAAUCAACAUCCCCGGUGAGUGUUGAUCACAAUAUAACUCCUCGCAGCACGUCUACGACAUCAAUCGACAAUCAAAUAGACCAGUCACAGCCCGGAACGUCACAGGGUACAAACCAUUCCGGUAUUAACAAUCUCGAUGCGUCGGUUGGGAGGAAAAACAGAUUCACAAGAAAAAAGAACUCGAAGAAGUCGUCAAGUCCGUCGGGUGCUUUAUCUACCUCCCCUCGGAAUAUCUCCGAGCCAGGGAGCAGUGCGACGCGACAAUCGGAUUCGGUUAUCUAUGCCGAGCUAGACUUCAGCAAGAACGUCGGUAUGAAUAUACUCGGUGAUGAACAUUUGUAAUGAUAUUAUUCUUUAAUACCGAAGGCAGUUGACGGAAUCUUGUGCCAUUAUUGAUCAUGGUAUUUGAGGUACAGAUAAUUGUGUUAGUUUUUUUUACCCUUUCUUUAAUGAAAAAAAGAUGC